AUGUGGAAUGCAUCCAUCCGUUUGGUUCAGAAAACGCUUGGGUCACGGGUCACGUGGCCUCGGCGGUGCAAUGGGCCCUUUAACAGAAAUCGUCACGCUACUGCGGGCUCGCGUUCAUUCAAACAUCAACCUAUAAAGAGCGUAUUAGUGGCGAAUCGGGGUGAAAUCGCCAUUAGGGUGUUCCGAGCGUGUGCUGAGCUGGGUAUCCGAUCCGUAGCCAUUUAUAGUGAGCAAGACCGGCUGAUGAUGCACAGACGGAAAGCCACCGAGUCAUAUUUGAUUGGCAAGGGCAUGACACCGAUCGAGGCAUACCUCAGUAUUCCGGAGAUUAUUCGUGUGGCUAAACAGAAUGAUGUCGACGCAGUUCACCCGGGAUAUGGAUUACUUUCAGAGCGGGCAGACUUCGCCCAAGCAGUAAUAGAUGCGGGGAUGCGUUUCAUCGGUCCUUCGCCAAAAGUUAUGCAGCAGAUGGGGGAUAAAGUUGCCGCCAGGAAGGCGGCUAUAGACGCUAAAGUACCAGUAGUUCCGGGCACAGAUGGUCCGGUGACGACCAAAAAAGAAGCUCAUGAUUUUUGCAAAGAACACGGUUUACCGGUUAUUUUAAAGGCAGCUUACGGCGGCGGCGGUCGUGGUAUGCGCAUUGUCCGUGGUAUAGACGAAGCAGAAUCACAAUUCGAAAUGGCGUCAUCAGAGGCGCUUCGGGCGUUCGGUAACGGAGCCAUGUUCAUUGAGAGAUAUCUUGAACGGCCGAGACAUAUCGAAAUUCAAUUAAUUGGUGACAAGGCGGGCAAUGUUAUUCACCUGUUCGAACGAGAAUGUUCUGUCCAACGACGACAUCAAAAAGUUGUAGAAAUAGCACCUGCACCAAAUUUGGACCCUAAGGUCCGUCAGCAAAUGUUCGACUACGCUGUACAUUUGCUAAAAUUUGUGAGCUAUGAAAACGCGGGUACUGCGGAAUUCCUGCUCGAUAAUAAAGGGAACAUCUACUUCAUUGAAGUUAACGCUAGGUUACAAGUAGAACAUACAGUCACAGAAGAAGUAACAGGUGUGGAUAUAGUCCAGACUCAAAUAAAAGUGGCAGAAGGUGUGACGUUACCAGAAUUAGGCUUAGAGCAGAAGAAAGUUGAUGUACAGGGUUUCGCUAUCCAGUGCCGAGUUACUACUGAAGAUCCGGCGAAUAAUUUUCAACCCAGCACGGGAAGGAUUGAGGAGUUUAAAACUGGUGAAGGCAUAGGUAUCCGUCUCGACUCUUCAGGUCCUGGCCCCGGAGUUAUCAUCGCUCCAUAUUACGACUCCCUGUUGAUUAAAGUAAUCUCUCACGCACCAAACCUCCGGAAAUCGGCGCUGACUCUGGCCCGCGCGCUGCGCGAGUUCCGCAUCGACGGUGUUAAGACCAACAUACCCUUCAUACUGAAUGUACUUGAGCACGAGAAAUUCCUCACAGGUAACUUAGACACAAGCUUCAUUGAAGAAAAUCCUGAGCUUUUCAAUUUCAAAUCGCGUCGUAACCGAGAUCGUAAGCUCCUCUACUACCUAGCGAACGUCCUCGUAAAUGGACCAAUCUCGACUCUUGGAACCAAUAUUGCGCCGGCUGAUAUUGAACCGUUUAUACCGCCCGUGCUUGCUGGUAGUUCAGAAGUGCCUAAAGGAUUUAGACAGAUAUUAAAGAGUGGCGGCCCUGAAGCGUUUGCUAAAAGCGUUAGAAACCAUGAACAUCUUCUACUAAUGGACACGACAUUCAGAGACGCUCAUCAGUCUUUGCUUGCAACCAGAGUAAGGACUCGCGACCUGCUGGCCGUAGCGCCUUAUGUCGCUCAUAAUUUCAAUGGCUUGUAUUCCGUUGAAAAUUGGGGAGGAGCGACCUUUGAUGUUGCUCUUAGAUUCUUAAAUGAAUGUCCGUGGGAGCGUCUAGCAGAGAUGCGGCAGUUGAUACCUAAUAUCCCGUUCCAAAUGUUGUUGCGAGGUGCCAGUGCCGUUGGUUAUACCAACUAUCCUGAUAAUGCGAUUUACAAGUUCUGUGAAUUAGCCGUGAAAACAGGGAUGGAUGUAUUUCGCGUGUUUGACGCACUCAAUUAUCUACCCAAUUUAACCGUUGGCAUGGACGCAGUGGGCAAAGCGGGCGGAGUCAUCGAAGCCGCAGUCGCUUACACUGGUGAUGUGUCAGAUCCUAACAAGGAUAAAUACAACAUUAAAUAUUACUUGAACCUGGUCGAGGAACUAGUUAAACGUGGUACUCAUGUAUUGGCUAUUAAAGAUAUGGCUGGAUUGUUAAAGCCACAAGCAGCGAAGUUGCUAAUCGGUGCGAUCCGCGAUAAGCAUCCUGAAGUGCCGAUCCACGUGCACACUCAUGACACAGCAGGUGCGGGAGUGGCAGCUAUGCUGGCCUGCGCCGAAGCAGGUGCCGACGUAGUCGAUGUCGCAAUUGACUCCAUGUCUGGUAUCACCAGCCAGCCUAGUAUGGGAGCCGUCGUUGCUUCGUUGCAGGGAACGCAGUUUGACACCAAGAUCCCAUUAACAAAAGUAACACAAUACUCCGCGUAUUGGGAACAAGCGCGCACGUUGUACGCUCCCUUCGAAUGCACUGUUACGAUGAAAUCCGGCAAUGCCGACGUGUAUAUGAACGAAAUACCUGGAGGACAGUAUACUAACCUGCAGUUCCAAGCGUUCUCCCUAGGACUUGGAAACCAAUUCGAAGAAGUGAAGAAGGCAUACAGAGAAGCAAAUCUGGUACUCGGUGACAUAAUCAAGGUGACGCCCACUUCGAAGGUAGUGGGCGAUCUAGCCCAAUUUAUGGUACAGAAUAAAUUGACGGCUAAGGAUGUAGAAGCUAAGGCUGGGGAACUUUCAUUCCCACAAUCCGUUAUCGAAUACCUGCAAGGCCAAAUUGGUAUUCCACAUGGUGGGUUCCCUGAACCUUUCAGAUCAAAGGUGCUAAAGGACCAAAAGAAAUCAGAAGGCCGUGUUGGCGAGCACCUAAAACCCCUGGACUUCGAUAAAUUGAAGAAAGACCUUCAAUCGAAAUUUCCCAAUGUGACGGACUACGAUGUAAUGUCGGCGGCAAUGUACCCCAAAGUCACGGAAGACUACUUGAAGAAUCGCGAUAAAUAUGGACCGGUCAAGUACUUGGAUACAAAGACCUUCUUUAUCGGUCCCGCGCUGGGAAAACUUAUGGAAGUGCCGAUAGAACGCGGAAAAACAAUAGACGUGAAGGCGCUAUCGGUGUCCGACGAAAUAUCGGUCACGGGUGAGCGCGAGGUCUUCUUCGAGAUCAAUGGACAAUUACGGUCUGUGAUGAUAAGAGAUGAGACUGCUAGUAAGUCACUCAAGAUUCAUCCUAAAGCAGUAAAGGAGAAUCCGAAUCACGUAGGGGCACCCAUGCCAGGGACAGUAAUUGCUGUCAAAGUGAAAGUUGGCGAUAAAAUAGAGAAGGGUACACCAAUUGUAGUGCUAUCGGCGAUGAAGAUGGAAGUGGCUGUACAAGCUCCCAAAGGAGGCACCGUCGCAAGUAUUGCCGUCACUGUUGGACAGAAACUCGAUGGUGAUGACCUUAUUUGCACCAUUGAGUAAUAAUAUAAUAAAUACAAGUGUUUUUUUUUACGAAAGGAAUCUUGGUGUUGUCUGUAAAAAAACAGUAACCUAUCGAGAUCCCUACUGGUAUUAGUUAUUUGUCACCAAUAGCAGUAGGAAAUUCCUGUAUUGAAAUCAAGAACUUCAAUACAGGAAUUUUAAAGUGUUUAAAAAUCUUUUAAAGAGCAAUGUCAGUUUCACAGUAUUGUUACAGUGCACUA